GAGCGCGUUUCCCAGCCGGGCGGUUGACGCGGCCGCGCCGGGGCAGCGCGCGCCUGCGCGGAACGGGGAGGCGGUAGCUGGUUCCCGUUGAGGGAUUGGCGAAGCGGCGGCGGGCUGAUGGAGCUGGAGGAAGGCAGUCCCGAGGCGAAGAGGCGGCGGCUCCAGUGUGCCGAGUUCGCCGCCGUGGCGAGCUGCGACGCCGCCGUGGCGCAGUGCUACCUGGCCGAGAACGACUGGGAGAUGGAAAGGGCGCUGGACUCCUACUUCGAGCGGCCGGUGGAGGAGAGCGUCUUGGAAAGCCGCCCCUCGGAGCCCGGGACCUGUGUUGACCUCACCAGCGAAGAAACAAGUGAUUCCAUUAGUUCUACAACCAGCCCAACUGAAAAUACUCAGCAGGAAGAUGGCAGCAUGUUCUCGUGCAUCACCUGGAAUAUUGAUGGGUUGGAUCUGAACCAUCUGCAGGAGAGGGCCCGAGGAGUGUGUUCCUACAUAGCUUUGUACAGCCCUGAUGUGGUGUUUCUACAGGAAGUUAUUCCUCCAUAUUGUAGCUACAUAAAGAAGCGAGCAAGUAGUUAUGAGAUUAUUACAGGUCAUGAAGAAGGAUAUUUCACAGCUAUAAUGUUGAAGAAGUCCAGAGUGAAAUUAAAAAGCCAAGAGAUUAUUCCUUUUCCAAACACCAAAAUGAUGAGGAAUCUCUUGUGUGUGCAUGCGAGUGUGUCCGGGAAUGAACUUUACCUUAUGACGUCCCAUUUGGAGAGCACCAGAGGCCACGCCACGGAACGAAUGAACCAGUUAAAAAUGGUCCUAGAGAAAAUCCAAGAGGCUCCAGAAUCGGCUACAGUUAUAUUUGCAGGAGAUACAAAUUUAAGGGAUCAAGAAGUUGCCAAAUGUGGUGGUUUACCCAGCAACAUUCUGGAUGUGUGGGAGUUUCUGGGCAAACCUAAGCAUUGCCAAUAUACAUGGGAUACCCAGAUGAACUCUAACCUCGGCAUAUCUGCCACUUGCAAGCUUCGUUUUGAUAGAAUAUUUUUCAGAGCAGCAGCAGAAGAGGGCCACAUUAUUCCCCGAAGUUUGGACCUCCUUGGGCUGGAAAAACUGGACUGUGGUAGAUUUCCUAGUGAUCACUGGGGCCUUCUAUGCAACUUGGACAUCAUAUUGUGAAAGGCUUUUCAAAUACAAGUUUUAAAUAUUCUGAGCAAUUUUGUUCAAGAUUUUUGCAAAUGUAAUUUCUAUCCGUCAGGAAAGGUAAGUUUAACAUGGAGAAAUUAAGAUACUGGAUCAUUGUUAAGAAAAAAAAAAGCUGUGACUUAUUUUUGUGGAUUGUUUCUUCAGAAUUGAGACUUAAAUAUUUAUUUACUAAAGCAUACCUGUGUUCAGAAUGAAAGGGCACAAAGCCUGUUGGAGCUUCUAACAGCGCUCAGAGCUGCUAACUGAAUUCCAAGCAAGGCCACCCUGUCUCGGGCCAGCCUUUGUAGGAUUUAUUUUCCCUCAAUCAGGCACCAAAAUACUAAUAAUUUUGAAGUAUGUCUUAAAAUAAAGAAGAGGUUACAGAAUCCUUGGAACUGGGUCUGUUCGUUAUAGUUCACAUAUUGAGACCCCCUGAAAUGUAAACAACGCCGGCAUCUGACAGCUGUCCUGUAUCAGACUCCGUCAGCUGACAGUACAGUACUUAAUUUGUACACUGUACGUUAGGCCUUAUGAUCUAACAUCCCAAAGCUCUAAUUCAUGUUUGUAAUUAUGUUGCCCACAGAGGCAAAGUUAGACUUUGAUUAUUAAAAUCAGUUUCAUGUCCCCACAGGACAUUAUUAUUUUUUCCUAAGAGAAAAAUAAAUGUGUACAGAGAAACAGGCUUUUGGGUUUUGCUACUUGUAAAAUGGAAAUGUUUUACAGAGUGAAUAAAGAGUAUUUUUAAAUGUGCUUUAAAGAAAAAAUUCCCCACAGAAGAAAUGUGCUGUAAAUAAAGAGUUUUAUAGUUUGCUGA